UUAAAACCAUAUGAGACGGCGUACAGAGAGAGACGCGGUUUCAAAACGACAGCCUCCUGUGAAGCCAUGGCCUCCAGAUGUGCCCUUCUGUUUUUGGUCCUGUGCAGUCUGAGUCUGGCUGAAUCCAAGUUGAAGCUGUUUGACCUGCGGGCCAGCGAUCUUCCCAGUGACUUCCUGGGAACCACAGAUGGCUUUGUCAAAGUGUUCAGUGGCUCCGCCUCUCUUGGUAAAACAUCUGUUCGCAAAAACAACCCAAACCCCUGGUGGGACGAGGAGUUCUCCAAUUUCAACUCCCAAGAGAACGAGGUGCUGCGGCUUGAGGUCCAUGACAGUGACAUCAUCUUUGAUGACCUGCUGGGAGUCUGCCAGCGUCAGAUCAAACUGGGAACACAUAAGCAUGACUGCUUCCUGAACAAAGGUGGCACCCUCCAUUAUACCUACACACUUACCUAA